ACGUAACCCAAACCAACUCAGAAACAACUAAAUAAAAUGGCCUCCCCACAAAGAGAAGGGUUCAGUAUCCCAUCAUCAAUCUCCCAUGCUGCUUUAGGUCAAGUUACCAGCAAGUCCUUAGGUGUUAAGUACAACUGUGCCCAAUGUGCUGCCUCCUUUUCCUUGAGCAAAAACGACGCCAUCAGAUGUAAGGAAUGUGGUCAUAGAGUUAUUUACAAGUCUAGAACCAGAAGAAUGGUGCAAUUUGAAGCUCGUUAAAUGUUGUGGAAAUGGAGUAAUCAUUUGAAUAACUUCUAAAAACUAAUGUUAAGAAUGAUUAGAAAGUUAUAACCUAUGGCAUAGCAAAAAAUUCACAUAAGUUUAGUUCAAGCUUUUAUAUCUCUUUGAUAAUAUUGUAUUAUAGUUUAAUGAAAAUCGGUAAUUGG